CAACACUACCUACGUGAUGUUUGUUUGUUUUGUUUUGUUGGGUUGGGUUUGGCCGGGCCGGGUUCAGCUGCAUUGAUUUCUCCUUGUACCUACAUAAAUUUAUUCAUACAGUGCAUCGAUCGAUCGUGCCUGCAUCCACAGUGCAUGCGCGUCAGUUGCAUUGUAGUGCUUUCCCGGGCUGGGCAGGUGUAAUUGAUUCAAUAAAUUUGUCUUCACUCCAAGAAAAAAGGAAUCGUAAUAAUGGCUAGAAACUUAAAGAAUGACCUCGAGGAUUUAGUAGAUCCACUGUCAAUUCUGAGGCACAAGCUGACUGUUUCCCCAGACAGUGUGGGUUCUUCACACUGGAUAGAAGUCACUCACGUGAACAACCCUAACAGCUUUUAUGUUCGUCAAACAGCAUACGACGAAUACCUUGAUGAUCUGCAAGCUGCAGGCGCUAAAGCUGAUAAAAAAGAUUUAUUUUUGGGCAAUGUACUUAUUUUCGAUUCUAAAACACAGGAAGAUUACAUACGCGGCCAAAUUAUUUUUAUUGACGAAGAAAAUACAGAUCUUACUGUGGAAAUGUUUGCCAUGGAUUAUGGCUUUAUUGAAAGGGAGGUACCACCAAAGAAAAUUUAUAAGCCCAAGAAUACUAAUAGCAUCCCAUCACUUGUCAAACAUUGCCAAUUGGAACUUUGUAAACCAAUUGGCGGCAUAUGGAAAGAGGAUGCAAUAGAUGCAAUGAAAUUUUAUGUGGGAGAUGAGCGCACCAAAAUCAUUGUGCGUGACAAAACAGACGACUUGCUGACCGUGACCAUGUUCAAUUCAUGCCCCGAGGAUAUAUCCACAAUGUUAGCAUUGAUGGGUUAUUCCACUUUUGGCUACGAUGGGAGUUCUAUCAAUAGGUUCUCUGCCGCACCAGCACCUAAACAAGCCUACUAUUUGUACACGGAGCUUCAAGAAGAUGAUAUUAUUAAAGUCCGGGUGCAGAGCGGAAAGGAUUUGAAAGAAUUCUAUGUUGCAGACAUAAACAACUUCAAGAAAUAUGUUGAAGAGCGGGAGAAUAUUGCCUAUUUUGCUGCAAAAGCCGAUCCGAUGAAGCCUGAAGAUAUACUUGAAGGAAAACCAGUAUGUGUUCAGACAACUAAGCGAUUCAAAUAUGAACGAGCUUUGGUAAAAAAAAUUACUGUUCCAGAUAGUAAGGCGCUGGUGCAAUUAGUUGAUUGGGGAGAUUUGAUCGAAGUCCCGUUUGAUUCCAUCAAGCCAAUGCGGGAAUCAUUCCUCCUUUUGCCCGCAGUUGCUAUUUACUGUACAGCUGUGGAGAAACAACUUUCUGAUAAUGCCCUUCAUAAAUUUUUGUACCCGGGGUAUUGCUUUGGCAUAACAGUUAAAACUGUUGGCGAUUCAUUCACAACUCCACAUGUCGUGAGCAUAACUGACUUAAAGAAGACAAAGAAACCUCGUUAAGUUGACAAAUAUGUUUGUCUAUUAAGUACGGGUUAAUUUUCUCUUUGUUAAUGUCACUAUUAGUUUUGGAUUGAGACUUUGACUGAUUGAUCCCUGUGAACUCGAAGUAUGAUUUUAUUAAGGGACGGAGUGAUAGGUAAUGGUGCGAGAAUUCUGAAUUCUAAAUUACUGAAAUUACAUUAAGUUAGUAAAUCUAAUUUGAUAGCUGUAUUCAUUAUGAUGACUGAUUCUGAUUCAUAUUUUGGUACAAUUCCUCUUUUGAUGUCUUUUACAUAUUGAAAUUCAUGAAACUUGUAAGAUUUGCAUAUCCACUAUUUAAAGAAAACUAUAAUUACUUUUAAAAAUAAAUGUUAUACAUUUUUGAAGAUUAUAACCUUUAGUAAUAGAUAUUUCGGCUAAUGUCAAUUUGGAUUCUGUCCUAAGUUCAGUACCUGGCUGUAUAUAAUUUCAAUUAAUAUACAAAAAAUAAUAUUAUUUUUAUUAUAAUAUGGAAUAGUGGUAAGGAUUUUUUUUUGUAAGGUUUAGUUAAUUCAAUGCAUUUAUUAACAAUUCAAUGGUUAAUGUUUAAGUCUGAUUGUUACUGCCCAACUUUGAGGAGUUUUAACAUAAUCUUUCAUAGGAAUAGUAAAAAAAAAAAACUAAAAAAUAAAAAAGCAAAAAAAAAAGUUAUUAACCAAGUUAUUAACUACAUGGUAUUCAUUAAUGUGUCUUUAUCUUUUCCCACAUUAUAGUUGGUGGGCUCUACUAGUAAAUAUACAGGUUAGGACAGGUUGUCCUUGGUUUAAAGUUGGAUGGAUAUACCACUUUUUAUCAAUUUAAUACAUGGUGUUAACAUCCAAUUCGCCAAAGGGGAUAGGGUACAGUUAGAUUUUAAAGAUUUUCAAUUUUCAUCAAGAUUAGAUGUAUGAAUCUAUUAGGUAUAUUCAUAUAAUAGGUAAACAUAUUGGUGUCUAUAAUCGCAUUUAUCUAAUGGAAAUCUUUCCCAAUUUAAAAGCAAGUACAUUUUUGACUUAAAUUAUAUUCAGUAUACUUAUGACAUGAUGUAUGACAUGAUGUUAUGUUAUAAAUGUUUCGUUAUAUUCAUUUAAUUUCGUUAUAUUUAAAUCUAUAUUAUGUUAUUGGCGUGUGUAGUAAGUUUGGGGUGCUAUUAUGUGAUACAUGACGUGAGUAAAUGAUUUCCGUAUAGGAAUUUGGAUGUCAUCCUGGCUUGGUGAGAUUGUUUAAGGCUGUAAGCGAACGAAGUGAAAAGUAGGGUAGUUUCGUUUUAAACGUGGUACAAAAAUAAUGCCAACAAUUUUAGUAAUUUAAUUUAAGUAAUCUGCUAAUAUUCCUCUGUUGUCACUUUAAGAUUAUUUAUAAUUAUUAUUUUUUCAGUUUAUGGGAACUGUAUACAAAAUAUUAUUUAUUUAGAUUGGUAUGAAGUUAUUAUUAUACCUACGUGUCUAUUUAAUUAGAAUUAGGCAUGUAUUAAUCAUCGUUAAUUAAUCAAUAUCCAUGUAUUCAAUAAGCAAAAUAAAUAUGAUUUUUUUUC